AUGCCGUUAUCUGAUUCGUCGGUUCAUCCUUCCCAGGACCUACCGGGCCUUGCUAUGUCGAGGGCUUUUGGAGACACGAUCGCAGCAAGCGCGGGGGUGAUCGCAGAACCUGAGAUAUCCAAGCACGAUACGUCAAAUAAGGAUAAGUUUAUUGUCAUUGCUUCCGAUGGCGUUUGGGAUUUCAUGUCCAACGAAGAGGUUGUCCACACCGUGGCCAAGUACUACAACCAAGAGAGUUCCCGUAAGGCAGCGAGAGCCGUUGUCAAAGAGGCAUCAGAACGAUGGGAGUCCAAUGAAGAUGUUGUGGAUGACAUUACCUGUGUCGUAGUCUUCCUGCAGGGAAAGUAG